AUGAAUACAGUUUAUGAAGAAAAUUGUGCCAAUUAUUCAUUGAGAAAAAAUAGUGAUUCACUGAUUCCAAACCCGAAAGGAUAUGGUCACUUACCUCGAUCAGUACUAUUCAGAAUAUUUUCAUACUUCAAAGAAGAUGAACUGAAAAGAUACAUAAUACCAGUGUGCCAGCAAUGGAGAACUGUUGCUGAACUCCCAGCUCUUUGGAAAACUAUAACUUUCUCUGGGAAGACUCUGAAAACAUCUUUCAUUUGCGAUAAAAUAUGGCAGUUCAAUGAGGCGGAAAAAAUCAUUAUUAAAGAUAUUAUGGAACCAGUUGUUGUACUAAGACAGAUUUGUAGGUGCUCCAAAAACUUGAGAUAUCUCACGCUACGCAACUGUCCACAAAUAAAUGAAGAUUCUCUGAGGAAUUUAAUAUUCAGCUGUGUUCAUUUGGAGUUUUUGGAUCUGAAGGGCACUCCAUUCAAAGCCUUGAUAUUCUAUGAAGAGCUUGCAUCCGCACACAAUUUGUUGAGUAUAAAUUUCAGUGGAAACCCUUUCCUGACAACGUCUAAUAUCACGACGAUAAUUCUGAACUGCAAAAAACUCAACGGUUUUCAUUUAUCCACGUUCAAACCAGUGAACAAAAUAUGCCUCAAUAACGCAGACUGCUACUUCAUUCUGUCACAUACAGCACUUAGACUUACAAGUCUCACAUUGGAUUGCUCGACUCUUUGCACUUACAGUUUUGCCUCCAUUUUGCGGUGCAAAAAUUUACGUUAUCUCUGUUUGAACUAUGCUUAUAAUUUCGACGGAAAUGAUUUUCAGCAUUUGUGGAAAACCAUCAAGAAUCUAACAUCUAUGAAAAUAAGAUUUUCUCAUCAGAUCGACGAUAUGGCGGUGAAAAACCUCUUCGAGAAAGGGGCAAAAGUCAUGAGGAAAUUGGAAGUUUUAGAUUUCACAGGAUGCUCUAAAAUAGGGGAUGUUGGUAUCACAGCGGUAGCAAAAUGCUGUGUACAACUGAAAACGCUCAUAUUGAGGAGCUGUAAAAAAGUAACUUCGUUGGAAUUAUUAUUGAAAAAAUGCCCCUUGCUUGAAACAUUGAAUGUGGCGUUCUGCGUUGAUUUGAAAUUAAAUAAUUCCCCGCCAGUGGAAAAAAUGAAAUUUCUCUUCAUAAAUGAUUGCAAAAAUCUGAAACUAUUGGCUAAUCUCAUGAAGAAACAGAAUUCAGAAGUUCUCGUCAGAAUUUGUGAGUCUGAGUAUAAUAAAAAUAUUUUGAAUUUCAAUGUGAAUAAAUCUGUUGAAAACUAUUUGUUCCUGAAACCCUUGACUGUGUAUAUCAGUGUAUAUCAACUCCAUUCAGUAGAUGAGUUAAUUCUAAUUAGGUAA